AUGUCCAAAGCCCCCGCUCGACCGAUCGCCUUCUUUGACGUCUCGAUCGGCAACACACCCGCAGGCAGGAUCAAGAUGGAACUCUUCAGCGACGUCGUACCAAAGUAGGUUCCAAAUCAACAUGGUCAUUAACCCACCCACUGGGACGCUAACGAGCCCUUCCAUUUGCCUCCCUCCAGAACGGCCGAGAACUUUCGCCAACUCUGCACGGGCGAACACCGCGUCAACCACAUGCCGAUCGGCUACAAGAACAGCAUAUUCCAUCGCGUGAUCCCCAACUUUAUGUGUCAGGUACGUGAGACGCACGCAAAGAGUGACUUCACCCCAGCUUCAGCUGAUCCUUGGGAGCGAUCCCACUCGUGGAUCGUGUACAGGGGGGUGAUUUCAUCAACGGUGAUGGCACCGGUUCGACGUCGAUUUACGGGCCUCAGUUUGAUGAUGAAAAUUUCGAGGUCAAGCAUGAUGCGGCGGGGUUGCUGAGUAUGGUCAGUCCCGAGGCUGGGACGAUGCGGGUGACGGUCACCAGAAGGGGUGGGAGCAUCAAACCUUGGUCCUCCAAGGGUAUAGCUGACCCCAUGUUUGUGUACAGGCCAACUCUGGACCAGGGACAAAUGGUUGUCAAGUACGCCCCCACCGUCGUACUUCCGACGACAGAUCUUUCCUUCUUUCCCCCCACAUGUUGACAACGCCCCCUAUCGUUCAAUCCACCCCCCACAGUUCUUCAUCACCACCGCCCCCGCCCCGUUCCUCGACGGCAAACACACCGUAUUCGGCAAAGUGCUGGGCCAAGACUCGAUGUUGGUCGUCAGGAAGAUCGAGAACGUCGCGACGGGUCCGAACAAUCGACCGAAAUUACCGGUCACGAUUACAGGUCAGUCGUAG